ACCAAGACAGAGACCUCUCUUCUUUACCAUGGCUGUCCCAAGUGGUUCAGAGACGCAGAAACCUCACGAAGUCAAAGGUCGACUUGUUUGGCUCAUCACAGGUGCAUCCUCCGGCCUUGGACUCGCACUUGUCCAACGCUGCCUCGUUCGUGGAGACUAUGUCAUUGCUACAGCACGUACAAAGUCCAAGAUGGACGCUCUACUCCCUGACUUGUUCGACGAAGUUCGUGAGGACGCGGCUUCAUAUCAGUCGAAAAUGAGAAUGAAAACGCUGGACGAGUAUCUAUGCGAGCCUCCAGAGAAGAGAUUACACGUUCUGGAGAUGGACGUAACUGAGAGCGCAAAAGUUAUUAGGGAGAAGGUGAAAGAUGUUGUGGACGGAUCGUGGGGAAGGGUAGAUGUGUUGGUGAAUAAUGCGGGGAUGGCUAUUGCCGGAGUCACAGAGGAGAGUGGGUCUGAAGCCAUGCAAAUCGUCUUCGCAACAAAUUUGUUUGGGGCCGUAAACGUUACCAACGCUGUCCUUCCCUACAUGCGAGAGCGGAGGAGUGGGACAAUCGUCAUGACGGGCAGUCGCUCAGCUUGGAGGAAUGAAUUCGCUGGAGUCGGACUUUAUGCCGCUUCGAAAGCCGCUCUGCACUCCUACACCGAAACCCUCUCCGCCGAAGUACGCUCAUUCAACAUCCGAACGCUCAUCCUCGCACCCGGAUCGUUCGUCACGCCGGGUAUAUACCCUCCACUGCCGCCUCUACCGCCACCUUCCUCAUCUACCUCAACCUCCACUUCUGAUCCUUCCGAUCCUGCACCUGCGGCUACAAGUGAUAGCGAGGACCAUACCCCUCCAGAGGAAUACGCGAACCGCAUACCGGCCUACGACGAUGUACGCACGCAAAUGAUCCAUCGGAUGCUCAAAAUGAAGAAUGAUCCUCCGGCAAGAGGAGACCCGAAGUUGGGGAUGGAGGUCGUUGUGGAUUUGGUCAGGGGUGAGGGAAGGGCCGGCGAGAUUUUGCGUGGACGUGGGGGCGCUGACGACCAUGUGGAGGGACCAGAAGCGGAAGAGUGGCCAAUGUGGUUGUUUCUGGGCGAGGAUGGGCAGAGAGAUGUGAGAGCGAGGAAUGAGAGGGUUGGGAGAUGUUUGGAUGUGUGGGGGGAGGUGGGGAGAGGGUUGGAAAUGAAGGGAUAAAUGGGAAUGGGGAUUAAAUCGAUUUAAUGGAGCGCAAGACAGAAUUGGUGCAUAGGGUCAACGUAAACACAGAGAGGACGUGAUGUAUUUCCUGUCAGGGGUAAGCAUAGACAAUUAAAUAGGAUAAGGAUGUACUCCACGUACCAGUACAUUUCAUCGAAUGGACGGGCGGUAUGGCACCUAGUCGCAAUUCCGCUGGACAAUUUGUCGACUCGGUCAAGGUUCGAGGUGACGGUGUGGCGCGCCACAAGUACGGAUUUGGAUACACGUGUCCGUAAUUGUCAGCGGCGUUCAACAACUUGUUUCACACGUCUAAGACCGCCAGCGCCAGGCCCAAGCUUGGCCAGCGCUUUCAAAGCACCUGAGUCGUCAGCCCGAACAAACGCCUUCAGAAUCAGAAUCCCUAUCAACAUCAAGUGCAGACGAAUUCUGGGUCCUUCAGCUGUAUCGCUGCACCGAACUUGUUCUGCAUCAAGUACCUGAUGCAUCUAUGUUUCGAGCUUGAAUCAGAUGCCGCAUGCUGUAUGUUCUGCACCCGACCAAUACGCCUGGUCCGCCUAGACCUA